AUGGAAGCUGAAAAGGCCCAGUUUGCUCUGAGGGAGAAGGAGUAUGAAGAGAAGCUGAAUCAGAUGGGGAUCGAGCUGAACUCUAGAAUUGAUGUCGAGGAAAGAUUGAUGGGGGAGAUUAGGGUAUUGAGGGCCUCGGAGAAAGAGGCCAGAGCUCGAGCUGAGGAGGAGCGCGUCAAAGUUAGGGAGGCCAUCCAGAAGGUACAAGAGGCCAACGAAAGGGCAAGGGAGGCCACCAAAAGGGCUGAAGAGGCUGAGGCCAAGGUUAACAGAGUGGUGGAGACUUGGAAGGAGUCCUCCGAGUUUGACGUCGUAGCCCAGGAUGUCUAUAUGGUAGCACUGGAGGAGCUGGUGAGGCACAUCAGGAAGGAGAGGCCUGAUAUUAACGUGGCCUUUCUGGAUGAGGUGCAAAGGGUUAAAAGAGAAGCUACGGAGGUUGUCAAAGACUGCUGGGGUCCGGGUAUUACCGGCAGCCUAGGAUGUUGA